CCUGCUGCCGCGGCUCAUACUGCUCGGGGCGCGAUUCGCAUACAACAUACCGCUCUUCCCUUGCCACUACCUGAGCCGACUGCACUCUUUGCUGCGCUCGCAGAACAUGAUCCACUCGCGAGGAUGACACUCUCGUCCCGACGGACGUGUGGCGUCCCUGUGGACGAUUCGCGUAAUUUAUUUGAAAUGCAGCCGACGACCCCUAUCCGCGAUCUCGUAGAUCGAUACACUUUUGUAUUAUUCACGACACUAUAAAUUAAUUACGGUGGGAACCGUAGCACACUUUUCAUUCAAAAACACCUGUUCGACGAAGAUAUUUUCAGACAGUCUGGCCAACAUUCCACGAUGAUACUGUUUACAAUUUGCACACGAUUUCUGUCUCCUGAUAAAUCCUUGAUUGAAUGAAAAUAUUUCACAUUAUUCUUCUUCUUCUUCUUCUUCUUUUAAUGGCGAUGAACUUGUGUUUUUCGCCACAGGGCACACUGUUCCGCCAGUAAAUUGUUAAAAUAAUCUUGUGUUUAUUCGUGAAAUAAAUACGACAACGCCAAAAUUAAGAACUGUCAAACGAUGAACCAUAGACAAAAGCGUACGAGCGUGUUGUCGUCGUCCACACGCGCGAGAACACAAUCGAGUGAUGCGGAUUGCGGGGUCGCUUCGCGGCGCGCCGACUGACAGCCGGUCAUAGGAUGUGGGGUUACGCAUGGGGCGUGAGAAAAUAAAGUGUGGGAAAGAGUGGGCGUCGCAGCGUAGUGAAACAUUUGAUAUGUUGUAGUGAACCGAACACAUAUUUACGAACACACUGCGCCAGUAGCAGACAUUUCGUUUGUGAUUGUGUGCGUGAUAAAUACAUCGAGUUCAUGGAGCGAAAAGGUUGCGAUGUGUGAGGAAGAGACUGACGAUUGACCGGAGAUCUCGUGGGAAACGACCUUUGUUAUGUACACUGGUAUAUAAAUUAGUAUAAACAAAAAAAUCUGUUCUGGAAUUUAAUUGCACGCGAUGGGAGUCACUGGACUGUGGCGGUUGAUCGAGCCGACAGGCAAGCCGGUGCCGGUUGAAACUUUGGAAAACAAAGUAUUGGCAGUGGAUAUUUCAAUAUGGUUGCAUCAGAUGGUGAAAGGCUACCAAGAUGCCAAAGGAGCUCCACUUGCAAAUGCCCAUCUUAUGGGUCUAUUCCAGCGCCUUUGCAAACUGCUUUAUUUCAGGAUAAAGCCUGUCUUCGUAUUUGAUGGUGGUUUCCCAGACUUGAAGAGAGAAACAAUAGCAAAAAGACAAUAUAACAAGGCAAAGUACAACUCUGAGUCGGAGAGAAUAAAAAGAGAACUAGCGCUCUUGCUCAGUAAAAAGACUGCAAUCAGUAGUCUUUUGGGCAAAGAGAUAUCUCCGAAGAAAGGGUCAAGCAGCAAUACCGCUAACAAUGAUGAUCUUUUCAAAUUGCCUGCCUUACCAGAAAACAAAGAAGAAAGUGAAUCAGAGUCAGAAGAUGAAAGCUCCAGCUCCAGUUCCAUCAUUGAUUUACAUUCAGUAGAUAUAGAAUCAAACACAUUCAAGACUUUACCUGCAAAGGAGAAGUAUGACUUGCUCAUAGAAUUGAAAGAAACAAGGAAAAUGAAUUCUUGGGGUAGACUUCAUGAGUUGCCAAAGAAUAGUGAUAACUUCUCAGACUUCCAAAUGCAGAGGCUCCUAAAAAGGCGUAAAGUUCAAGAAUGUUUAGAGGAAACAGAAAAGGAAAUGGGUGAUGGUGGUAUGUCUUUAAACGAGUUAGAGUCUCUUCUUAAUGAAGAAGGCAUAGACACAAAAAUAGAAGAAUUACCCACAAGGCGUAUUGCGUCUAAUGUUAACACAAGAUUUUUGCUCAUAAACAACGUAAAGCAGGCUUUACUUGACGCAAAAAAGAGACAAGAAAACAAGAACAAUCCAGGACCCAGUGCAGCUAAAGAAGAAACAAUAACAAUAGAAGAGAAGCCACCUGUUGAAGAUGAUUCAGAAGAAGAUUUAGAAAAAGCUAUAAAAAUGUCACUUGAGUGUGGAAAUGACGACAAAAAUAAUCCAGGACCAAUUACUACUAAAAAAGAAAGUAUUAUAAUAGACAAGAACCCAUCCGUAAAAGAUGAAUUAGAAGAAGACCUAGAAAAAGCUAUAAAAAUGUCACUAGAGUGUGCAGAUGAUCAAAAUACAAGCAAUUAUACUUCUAAAACAGAUGAUUCCUGGACUUCAGUAUUGUCUGAUAACGAUUAUUCACAGACCGACUCUGAAGAAGAAGAUGGAAUGGAACAACCAGAUAUGUCCUCGGCUAAGGCUUACAUAAUGCAAUACAGCGAUUUCACGAAUAAAGCAAUAGACGAAAUCAUAACAGUAAAAAAGAAAACUAAAAAGCCUAAAACUAUGGGUGUUGAUAAAAUCUUGGAAGAAAUCAACAAUGAAAAAUCUAUCAUUGUUGACAAUGUAGAUGUAUCGUCAGAUGACAGUGGUUCAGUUGAAAUAACUUCUGAUAAAGUUAGUGAUAAAGACGUAGAGCUAAGCUAUAAAGAACUAGAAAACAAAGAAACUGAUGUAGACUUAACCCAGGCAUCGGUUGUAUUUGUUGAAAACCCGUUGCAAGAUAUCAUAACACUUGAUACUAGUGCAGAAGAUAAUGCCUUAGACGCGGAAAAUGUAGUUAAAGAUAGCGGAAAAAACCACUGUGACAAAAUUAAUUUAGAUAAACUUGGCACAAUCAAUACGGCUAAUAAACAAUUAAGUAUUCCUAUUGGAAUUGAAUCAGAAUCUAGCGACGAGGAAUUUGAGGAUGUCCCUGAAAUCGAAAGCAAAUCAACGAAACCUGGUAUAGAACUUACGCUGAACAUGGAACAAACAUGUGAAGAUGACGAUAUAUUUGCAGAUGUUUUCACUGAUAAGAAGAGCAGCAGUAAUAUUGUUGAUAUUGAUCACGUUCUACCACCUAUCAAAAAUAAUAUCGAUAAAGUUGAAAGCGUAGUUAAUCCAAUUAAGUCGGAUUUUGACAAAUCUCGGAAAAGCUCUUCUAAAGAAGACGCUAUAGGUUUUUUAUCAACAAAUGUUAUACGAACGACUGAAAAAGAGAAAAGUAUUCAAAGAAGUAAUGAAGAUCAUACUACAAGUCAGAGUAAAGAUAGCCCAUUAUUAUCUAAUACAGUCCCUGAAAGUACUAGUGAGAAAACUACGUCAAGUGAUAUUCAUGACAAUAAAUCUCCUAAAUUUGUAGCUGAAGGAGUUACAAAGGCUAACACUACGAAGGUCGAUGCUCCACCACCUAAAGAAAUAUCCAUAGAAAAAUUAAAUGAGAUGGCUAAGGAAGUGGCAAAUGAACAACAACAACUGGAGCAAGAAAAGGGGCGGCUUGAUCGUGUGGGUCGGAACAUUACCGAACAAAUGACUAAAGAGGCUCAAGAACUGCUACAAAUAUUCGGGAUCCCCUACAUAGUUGCUCCGAUGGAGGCCGAGGCGCAAUGCGCUUUUCUCGAGAGCAUUAAGUUAACUGAUGGGACCAUCACAGAUGACAGCGAUAUCUGGCUCUUCGGCGGAAAGACAGUUUACAAAAAUUUCUUCAAUCAGAAAAAGCUUGUGUUGCAGUUCUUAUCAGAAAGGAUCGAAAAAUCCUACAACUUAACCAGAGAGCAGUUGAUUUUGCUAGCAUUACUAGUAGGCAGCGAUUACACAACUGGCAUUGAUGGAGUGGGCCCUGUUACAGCGUUAGAGAUCUUGGCGUCAUUCCCCUUCAACAGAAAACAAUUUUUAAAUGAAACAUCUAAGCAAGAAAAAUAUCAGCAAGUUGUUACUGGGCUGCAGGAGUUUAAGAAUUGGGUGCGAGCUGGCAAAAGAACUGAUAAUACCAGCCUUAAAAAGAAACUGAGAAAUAUAUCUUUGAAUGACGAUUUCCCUAGUGUUAGGGUAGUACAAGCUUAUUUCGAUCCAAAUGUUGAGAAGAGCGAGGACAAAUUUACAUGGGGCGAAUUAGACAUAACAAUAUUACGGGAUUACACAAAAGCGAAGUUUGGAUGGUCACAAAAUAAGGUAGAUGAAAUAUUAAAACCGGUCUUGAAAAGGCAAAUGGAAAGAAAAAGUCAGAAGACAGUGCGUGAUUACUUUAAAAGAACUGUAGAGUUCCAAUCUUUGGAGCACCAAAUGAGUAAGAGGGUAAAGGCGGCAGUUGAAAAAAUGGACCCCCAGAAACCGGUGGGUGAACUGCUCCCGGUUGAUGAAGAACAGCCCUCGACUAGUUCAAAGCCUACUAGAAAAAGAAAAACCAAUACAGAAAAGGGAACUGCUAAAGCGAAACCCAUCCCCACCGGCCCUGGACCUGUAAAAAGAAAUAAAAAAGAUUCCGAAUGCAAAGACCUUAAUGUUAGAGUUGUGGCACAUGUAGACGAGGCAACUCCUGGAAUAGACAUAAUAAUUCCGAAAACGGACAGAUAUCAAGAAAUCAUUCCGCAACGAGAAAAAGACAAGGAGAGUCUGUUACAAAACAGAAUGAAAGCCAUCGAAAUAUUCAGAAAAACUAAUAUAGACCGUAAAAGAAAGGCUUUCAAGAAGAAACCACUUUUACCCAAGGAAAAGGCUGAUCUGUCUGAAAGCAGUGAUGGAGAUUAAUUUAUUUUUACACGUGUUUUCCUUCACUAACGUAUGUUACAAAGUUGAAAAUAAAAUACAAUUAUAAAAUAGUACAUUUAUUGUUUACAUACAUUCAACUGUUUUAAUCAAGCAUAAUUACUUUUAAAACAUUUUAAUAUCUCAUGAAAAUAAUGUAUGAUAUGGACACACAGUAAUAUUAAAUAAAACAACUAAAUAAAAUUAAAAUUACUUAACGUGGUUUAUCAAAUAGGUGUGCAACGAACAUUGUCUUAUGUGGUGUGUGGUUAGUAGUUACAUCCAAUAUUUUAUACAUUAAACAAGAGACCAGAAUAACAGACACAAAUGGAAGUCCUGCCUGAUAUGAAACUAAUAUUAAAUAGAAUUCGAAUCUUCCGAG